GUGACGUGUAAGAUAAGGUAAACUGUUACGGAAUAUAAAGCUACAUUAUUAAGUAUAAUUAUUCCGAAUCUUAUAGUUUGCAAAAAUAAACGUAAAUUGAAGGAUGUCUUUUGGAUCGCUUAUGCCUAAUCGAGACUUCCUCUGGGAUGUCUUUCAAAGAGUCGAUAAAGACAGGUCUGGUGCAAUUACUGCAGAUGAAUUACAGCUAGCUCUUUCAAAUGGGACUUGGACACCAUUUAAUCCAGAAACAGUUCGUUUAAUGAUUGGUAUGUUCGAUAAAAAUCAAAAAGGAACAGUUAGUUUCGAAGAGUUUGGAGCUCUAUGGAAAUAUGUAACAGAUUGGCAAAAUUGUUUUCGAUCAUUUGAUCGGGACAAUAGUGGAAAUAUUGACAGAAAUGAAUUAAAAACCGCUCUUGGAUAUCGAUUAUCAGAUCAAAUUAUAGAUACCCUUAUACGCAAAUAUGACAGAGCUGGCCGUGGAACUAUAUAUUUUGAUGAUUUCAUUCAGUGCUGUGUAGUUUUACAUACACUGACUGCUGCCUUUAGACAAUUGGAUACAGAUUUAGAUGGUGUUAUUACAGUUCAUUAUGAACAGUUCCUAGACAUGGUAUUCAGUCUUAAAAUUUAAGAUAUUUUUAUGCUUCAUCAAUGUUAUUCUUGCCUAUUAUGGCACUCUAGUAUUUAUAAUAUGUAUUCUAUACGAAUUAUUUGAUGCCAAAUUCUGAUAUUUGAAUUUAUUC